GGGAAGCGGAAUUUGUCGGAGUCACAGCGCGAUUCAUUUCAUCCGCAGCGGCAUUAUAGUCUGCGUCAUAAUCGCGAAAAACAAAAAGGAGUGAAACCCGGCAUGUGGUGUGUGAGGUAUUUUAUAAGCAAUCCCUAAGCAUCCCUAUUCACGUUCACCUUAAAAAUCUCCCCAAUUUUUCAGCCCUGUCCAAGAAUAAUGACGUCCCCCAGUAGCAGUGGCUCGCGGUCUUCUCCUAGUCCGAGCCGGAAUAAGUACGUCCCCCCAUCGCGGCGCUUUGCCGACGUUGAGCCCCUGCCCCAGGACGACCCGGAGAAUUCUCUCGUGGUGAUCGACUACGAACUAUCAAAUGUAAAAAUGUCUGGGUCUGGAUUCUGACACUUGUCAUGCACGUUUUGCAUGAGCCAUGAUGUCUGUGAUGCAUACCCUAGCAAUACAGAUUUUUUGAGGGCUUCUUGGUGCGUGUCCCGCAUGACAAAUGCCUUCUCGGCGUAGCAAAAAUUGCAUUUCCUUUGGUACUCACGCAAUACAGAUUUUUUUCGAAUCCAAAUGCAGCAUCACAAGUUGCAUUCUUCCAGACCCAGACAUUUUUACAUUUGAUACGAGCCGAUCUUCGCCGAAAUCCACGCGUACUUCCGCGCGUUUUACACGAACCAGGAGUACUCCGCCCGGGGCCUGCGCCUCUCCGCGGAGGUGAUCGAGUGCAACGCCGCGAAUUACACCGCCUGGUGGUACCGCAGAAAGUGCCUGGAGAAGCUGCAAAAGGAAAGCGAGAGCAGAACUGGGAAGACGAACAAUGGAGCGGCAAAUGACGAAGUUGUUCUUGCGGAGCCAAACCUUUACGAGCAGGAGCUCCAUGAGUUUUGCCGCGAGUGGCUAGAGCGGUCCACGAAAAACUACCAAGUGUGGUAUCACAGGAAGUGGCUGAUUGAAAAGUUGUAUUUGUUACCGCGGCCAAGCGCCGAUGAGAGACGCGGAGGAGAUACAGGAGAACAAGAAGACGGGCAAAAAGACGCAAAGACGACCAUUCUCCGAACCAAUGCCUUGCUCGAGGAGCUGAAGCUGAUGCGGUAUUUGUUAUUGAAAACUUCGGACCACAAGGUCUACAACGUCUGGAGCCACCGGCUGAUGAUUUUGCGCAACUGGUUUCGGGAGGACCGGGACGUGUUGCAGAUGGAGCUGCAGUAUUCCGAGGAAAUGCUGGACCAGGACGUUUGGAAUAACUCGGCGUGGAACCACCGCUGGACGAUCAGAGAGGUACUCGCUUUUUGCCAUUCGCCGGGGUCAAUAGGUCUCCAGUGCGUCCCAUUUGCUUAGGGGAAAGUACUGAUUGAAGGUUUUUUUCCACUGACGCUCGUUUUCAUGUUCUUGUUUCCAUAUUGUAGAUUUUACAAGACAACUGACCUCAACUUUUGACAGAUGCUCGCCAGCUGCCCGAGGCAAGCGACACCAUCCUCCUCUUCCUCGACGGCGAACGGACAAAGUGAAGCCCGACCUCCUCUAAACCGAGAAGCGGAAGCUUUGCAGGAGUUGCGGUUCGUAAAGUCUCAACUGCUGCUCGCGGACAGGAACGAGGCGGCUUGGAAUUACCUCUCUGCGCUGACGGAGGUCUCUUUUCCGGAUCUGAUCGAACCGGGUGAUGGCAAAGAGCCGCGGAUCGGCAAGUUCCUGGCCAAGGAAAUCAUCGACUUUUUCAACGAGAAUAAGAAUCGUAGCGGUGAGGUGGAAAAAAGUAACCCGGGAGCGACCACGAUAUCAAAUUCAACAUCCGAAGGACCAGCGAGCAGUGCGAGACCUGGUGGGCUGGCGCCAAACCUCUUCGCACUGAAAUUCGAGGCGCACUUGUACCUGGUUCUCGCCCGGAACGCGAUAAGGCUGCAGAAAGAGAAGAUAAACGGUGCAGUUGGUGGAGGAGAAGAAGCAACAUCAACAAAGCGACAGGGAGUAGAGGAAAAUGAGCGACCACCACCCGCAGAGGUGACAAACGGAAAAAUAAAUGGCCACAGUACUACUUCAACUUCUAAAGCGGAAAGCUGCGAAAUGCAAGUACUCCCUGCUUCGCCCACCGGGCAACAACAGCUCAGCCUCGAGUUGAGACUGCAGCAGGGGCUGAAUUGGUCUCUCUCGCACUACAAGAAUUUGAAAACACUGGAUCCGAUACGAGAGCACUACUGGCACUGGAAGGCAGAGUGGUUGCAGAAGGAAUUUGGGAAUUUCGUGGAGUGGCGGGUCCAGGUAGCAGGUGGAGACGGAGGCAGUAGUACUGGACGAGAGGAGGUCCGGCAAAAUGGUGGUGAAAACGCGACAAAUCUUGUACAAUAUCAGUGAAAAUGAUCAACAAAACGAAGACGUCACGUGUAGUUGACGCAAAUGCUCACGUGGCUGUGAUGUUGUGUUCGAGUGGUUUACGUAUUCUGUUUUCGACGCAGUCGCGCUGCAUACAAAUGAACCAAAAGUAUGACAUCUAUAAAGUGAUUGAAAGUUGUAAU